AUGAGCUCUAGAAACGCGACCACUCCUAUGCAGCUUAAGAGGUUCCUGUGCUUUGCUUAUCUCGAAAUCGUGCCCGACCGGAGCAACGCUACAGGAUACUUUGAUUCUGGAGGAGACGAAACCGUCCAUUUCCAAAUCAUGUCGAAACCGGAGGAACAGGCCGUCGAGGCUGUCCCUGUUGAGCAGAAGGAACUGGCAACGACGACCGUGGUGAGCGGUGAGGUGCAUGCCAAGGAGGUCUACAACGCCGAGCUAUUCGCCGCCAUCAAGGACACUCCUAUUGAGCGAUGGAGUAAAGAAUCCAUUCAUCUCUACUGCUUCAUUGCGGUCUGUUUCUGUUGCUCUUGUGCCAAUGGCUACGACGGCUCUCUCAUGAGCUCCAUUCUAGCCAUGCCUUUUUUCAAAGCCAAGUUUGACUCAGGACUCGUUGGUCAGAAGACCUCGCUUCUUAGUGCUUUGUACAGUGUUGGUUCCAUCGCAGCUUUCCCCUUCGCGCCAUAUGUCAGUGACAGAUUCGGCCGCCGCGUGGGCAUGUUCGUCGGCGCUAUUAUCAUCAUCGUUGGCGCCAUUCUCACUUCGACAGCCAACACCGUGGCCCAAUUCAUCGUCGGCCGUUUUGUCCUCGGUGCGGGAAUUAUGUUCAUGACCGUCUCUGCCCCGGCUUACGCAGUUGAGAUUGCUCCACCACACUGGCGUGGUCGUGCGGUCGGCUUCUAUAAUUGUGGCUGGUUCGGUGGCUCCAUCCCUGCGUCUUUCAUUACUUAUGGCUGUCAGUAUAUCAAUAACGAUUACUCGUGGAGGAUCCCCCUGAUUCUGCAAUGUUUCACCUGUCUUGUUGUCCUUUCCUCCGUUUUCUUCAUGCCAGAGUCGCCCCGAUAUUUAAUGGCCAACGACGAGACCGAGAAAGCUAUUGAGAUCUUGGCCAAAUACCAUGGUAAUGGUAACCGCCACGCUCGUUUGGUCAUGUUGGAAGUGGAAGAGAUUAAGCAAAACCUUCAGGAGGACGCCCUGUAUAACAAGGGUAUUUGGGAUUGGCGUCCGCUCUUCGCCACUCAUAAUAGCCGCUGGCGUACAUCACAAGCUAUCAUGAUGGGCAUCUUUGGUCAGUUCUCUGGCAACGGUCUCGGUUACUACAACUCGUCCAUCUUCAAUAUCUUGGGCUACACAUCGAGUUUCCAACAAUUAGGUUUUACGGUUGUCAACCAGGUUGUUUCCGCCGCUGGCGCUCUGACUGCUAUGUCUCUCACCGACCGCAUGCCGCGCCGAAAGGUGCUUGUUUGGGGUACCUUGGUUGGCGCUAUCUUGCUAUGUAUCAAUGCAGCUCUGCAGAAUGCCCUUUCCAAAGCGACAGUCAACAAUGUUAUUACCAAUCCUCAUCUAGCCCAAGGCGCUCUUGCCUUCUUCUUCCUUUUCAACACGGCAAAUUCAUUCACAUACACCCCGCUGCAAGGUGUUGUUCCAGCAGAGGCUCUUGAUACUCGCCUUCGCGCUAAAGGCCUUGCUAUGUACGGCUUGGUCGUCAACAUCUUUGGCUUCAUCAACUUGUACGCCGGACCAAUCGCGCUUAGCAAUAUUCAAUACAACUAUGUGUGGAUCUUCGUCGGUUGGGACUUUAUCGAAACAGUCCUGUGGUACUUUUUCGGUGUCGAGGCUCAAGGCCGUACUCUCGAGGAACUCGAGUGGGUCUACAACCAGCCCAACCCAGUCAAGGCCUCUCUUCAUGUCGACAAGGUUUUGAUUCGAGAUGAUGGUGUCGUCACCGAGAAGGUGAUCGAUGCUUAA